AUUUUUUUGUUUGUUUUGUUUUGUCCUGUCCAGCCACUCAGGCAAAGUACAUUUUAAUGAUUGUACAGAUUUACUUUACAAAAGUUUAGUCCCGGGAACCCAGAGGGGUCUCAGUCAUAACAUUUUUUUAAAUAAGUCAAAUAUUAUUUAAAAAAUUUUUUUCAACGUUCAAAUCUCUGGAUCUAUCUGUUGAUAUUAAGGUAUUAUUUUUUUUUACUGCAUGGCCUUUUUGUUAAGGAAAAAACCCUGUUUUAUGGCAAAACACAAAAUAUGCAAUAUCCCUUCCCCCAAAAAACCUUUUCUAAAUGGAAUGUUUGAUGUGAAUUAUUUGGAGACUGAAAUAGGUCAAUAAUUAGUAACAACAUUGAUGAUUGUGAUCCAUUUUCAACUUGUGAAUAAUGACAGUUUAAAAAAUAAAAUCCCACUAUAUCUUGUAUUGGUUUUUAAAAUGAAAAAUAUCCAAAUGGCCCCUGCAUGCUUUGAUUUUUACAAGUUUAAACCCCCCUGACCUAUACAGUACUGUUCAAUAAAGAAAUAUGAAGCCAACAUAAUGUUACAAAAACAGUGUAAUAUGUUACAUUGAAUUUAAAGAGGUGAGAUCUACAAUUGAAUGUAAAUAUACUUGGAAUAAAGCUAGACAAUACUGUAAAUAAAAGUGCUUACCCUUUUAUGACGUAUACUCUCUUAGCCAAUGAGAUUUCAAGAGCUGUAUUUCAGUAGCCAAUCGCAACGCAGCUCUCAGCUCCACGUCCGGGUUGUUGUUGUCCGUGUUGACGUCCGUCCAUCAUGGCUGCGGAGGGCGACUUCUUGGCGAGAUACCGCGCAGUGUCCAAUAAGCUUAAAAAACGCUUUCUUCGGAAGCCAAACGUGGCGGAGGCCAGUGAGCAGUUUGGCCAGUUAGCCAAGGAGCUGAAACAGCAGGACUGCUUGCAGUAUGCGGCCUUCUGCAACCUGGCCAUGGCCCGAUGUGAGCAGACUCUCUUCAACGCUCCCGGAGAAGCCUUGGCGCUAACAGACGCCGCCCGCCUCUUUCUGUCCUCCGAGAAAGAGAACCGCUCUCUGCAGGCGCCAGGCUUUGACGAGCACCUUCAGGCUGCACUCAACUGCUACAGUUUUGCCAUCAAGGUGUAUGUGGAGAUGAACCAGCCGGUGAUGGCAGCCAGUCUUUGUCUAGAGCUGGGGAAUGCACUCAAGGAGAUGAACCGACCAGGAGAGGCCAUCGUUCAUUACCAGAGGGCUGCGGAGCUGCAGACACAGAUGCCGGUGGAAGCUCUUCUGUCAAUGGGAGAAAUGGCUUCAUGUAAAAUUCUUACGCGCGACUACGACGGUGUGCUGAUGGUGUUUACAGAGAUGCAGUUGAUGUGCCAGGAGAGAGGAUUGCAGCUACCGGGCACCAGCACCCCUGUUGGUGCUUUUCUGGACAUUGUGGCAAGAUGUGAGAUCUCCAGAGUGCUACUGCUGAUGCUGCUUGAGCCUCCACCUCAGAAGCUGCUGCCCGAGCACGCCCAGACCCUAGAAAGGUACGCCUGGGAGUCCUUUGACCCGCACAGCCAAGUCAACUUCCUGCCGGAGAAUGUUUUCCUGCUCCUGCAGUCGGUGGUGAUGGCGUGCCAGGAGAAAGACACUGAGUCCUUGAAAUCUCUUCAGACGGAGCUGUGGCCUCUGCUGACCGCCGAGCAGAAUCACCUCCUCCACCUGGUGGUCCAAGAGCGCAUUACGCCGUCCGGCCAGGGCAUUUAGUUGCGUCCUGUUGUGGUCCGCUCAGACCGUGGAACAUUGCUGCUUGGGACUGGGUCUGUUGUAAGACCUCUGCAAACACUGUUGUCUUCACAAACAUCUCCUAUAAACAUGUCAACAUAUUUGUGUCUUCAACACACACACAUUCUGCAUAGUUCAUUAUUUUUAGGGUUACAAUUGUAUUUAUUUUAUUACAUGAUUCUUGCUUAUGCUAAAAUAAGAGAUCUGCAUAUACAGUUCAUUGCGCUUCAAAUAUUGUGUUUUCUUUUUUAAGAUGUUGAAAAACAUGUUUUAAAACAUUCUACAAUUUUUGGGGGUCGUAACUUAUGCACUUUUUUAACAUAAAAAUAGCUAAAAUAAUCAAUACUAGUGUCGUAUUGGCCACCAGAGGAGACCAAACCAUUCAGAGGGCGCUGUUCAGUAUCGUGGCCGCUGAUUGGCUCACCCUCAGGAAGCAUUACUAACCCAGGUCUGGGUUAGUUUUUGUCUCAUUCCUGUGAGAAUCCUGCGUGUGACAGAAGCACUCUUGCAGUGGUGUCAAACUCUUUCUUUUUUUUUUUAUUAAUUUAUAUUAUGCAUGUGGGUAAUAACCUGUGAUUAAUCAUGAUUAAACAAAAUGCAUUUUUCUUGUUUACUAGAUUUUUUUUUAAUGUAUAACUUGUUUUAAAAUCAUAAAUCAAAAUAUGCAAUUUUUUUUCCAUCAAAAUUGAAAUAAUGAAUGCAUUUAGUUAAUAUAUAUAUAUAUAUAUAUAUAUAUAUACAUACAUACAUACACACACACAUAUUGAAACCCAUUUUUCCCAGGCUUUAGUGGGCCACAUAAAAUGAUGUGUGUGCCCCGGACCUUGAGUUUGAUACCUGUGCACUAACGGGUGGGGGUUGGUUACAGUAAAUUCCGAAAUAUAUGCCUCUACUUUUUUCCCUACACUCUGAACCCUAGGGCUUAUGAAACGAUGUAUCCAACUUCUUCGCUGACAGCUAUAAUGCAAAUAGUUGUCAUAAAACACAUGAAACACAUGGUGUGAUUGGCAACACAUAAUUGUCCCCUGUGUGCAAAUGUGAGUGUGAAUAAUUGUCUGUGUUGGCCCUGCGUUAAGGGUGUAUCCCGCCUUGAAAAAGGAUGUUUGUGCUAUGGUGCCAUCUUUUGCACGAGUUCACUCACUGCAGGUGCAUCCAGGUUAAUGUCUGCAAUUAUUUCCUUCCGUUUAGAGUUUUGAACCGCAAGUACAAGUGCAGUCUUCUAGUCAUCCAUAGCGUUCCUACUUGCACUGAUUCUUCAUUCAUCACUCUAAGCAAUGUUUGUAAGUUUUACAAUGUAACUAAAACAAUUCUUCCUUACUAAAGUGUCCCAUGUGUGAUGUCUGUAGGAGUGUUUUCAUGCAUAUUUGUAUGUGCUAUCGUAAUGGAAUCAAGCUAGCGUCGUUAGCAUUAGCUAAUAUGCUAACACAUUUAUGAGUGUCUGUGUUAGUAUUAUCAACUUAAAUUUUUUUGUAUUGUUUCAGUUUCACAAAUUCCUUAAUAAAUUCCCCAAAACGUCACCGUGGAGUUAUUGCUUUUUAGCUGCUAGUGGGUCCUUGACGAUGAUUUCUGUUGUUUUUUCAGCCGUUUUACUGCCCUGUUACAGACACCGUUUGGAAACAAUAAGGUAUGUAAAUAAACAUUUAUGGAAUA